UUUGCAACUCUUGUUUUAGCAAACUUGUUCCUUGGUUCACAAGGACAGUUUAUACAUCCGAAUUGUGGAACUGCCCCGAACAGCCCAUGGCUGGCACAUAUCGAGGGACCCAAAAAAACGUGUGUCGGCUCGCUCAUUUCAGACAAAUAUGUUUUAUCUUCUGCUUACUGUGUAGAAGAUCCACUACAAAAACUACAGAUUCGCUUGGCUGGAUUCACAUAUAAGAUUGCCUCGAUUAAUCGAUUCAAGAACGAACUUGCUUUGGUUAAAUUGGAAUCGGUGGUGCAGUUAAACGAUAUUGUUAUGCCGAUUUGCGUUUACGCCCAAGCGAAUUUAAGUCUUCAGCAGCAGAUAGAAUCAACAGAUGAUUUAUGGCAGAGUUCUUGGCGCAAUGGGCGAGUAGAUAAGAUACUGGGACCCGUUAGCAGGAUCGACACAAAAACUUGCCAGGACACUUUUAUUAAAGAGAUUACGGAGGAUAAAAUAUGCGGGGAACCCUAUAGUAUGGAAAUGAACUACGGUUCCGGUGGCGCUCCCUUGGAGAUCUUAACAAUUGAUAAUGGUCAACAGAAGAUCGUGCAAAUUGGAGUUGUUCUCCUUGGAAAACCAGAUAAUACAGGACCACUAAUCUAUUCAAACUUACUAAAAUUUUCGAAUUGGAUCGCCAGAUCUGUGCUGGAGAAUAUUUAAAUUUAUACAGAAAAACCUUUUAAAUAGCCUCAAAUAAAACAAGUUAAUACAUAUAUCUUUUGAUUUAUAAACGAAUGACAUGUUCUUAUCAACUAUAUGAGAACAAACUUUGUCGGCUAUAAAUACUUUAUACUUUAUGGAGUUGGCCUAAAUAAAAUGCAAUACAUAAAAAAAAUGAUGACUUCAACUCAAAACUUCUCAUCCAAUAUAAUAAUCAUUCAGAAAUCAAUAAAUGUGUUGUACGCGA